CCUGUCGAACGAGACGAAAGUGUUUGCCAGUCUCAUCCUUUGCGCCAUCAAAGAACGAAAAGCGAAAUCGGGCCUCUUGCUCUGCAGGCUGCCGCCCUCCGAAGAUGAUCCAGUUAAAGACGCUGCUCAAUUGCAUAGACAACUCCGGUGCCUCCAUCGUCGAGUGCAUAAAAUGCAUGAAGAUGAAGCGACACGCCAAGAUUGGCGACCGCAUCAUCGUGGUCGUGCAGAAGCAGCGCAACUUUGGCGGUGACUUGAACGGCUCGUCCGUCUCGUCGGCGAACAAGGUGCGCCGCGGUGACAUCCGCCACGCCGUCGUCGUCCGUACCAAGAAGAAGUACCAGCGCCCGGACGGCUCCGUCGUCCGCUUCGACGACAACGCUUGCGUGCUCAUCAACAAGAACGGGGAGCCCAUCGGGAGCAGGCUCAACGGCGUCGUCGGCAAGGAGUUGCGGGCCAUGAAGUGGAGCAAGAUAUUGAGCUUGGCGCCUGUACACGUAUAGGGCGUACAGGGCGAACCAGCCCUGCGGGGAAGAAAGUAAAUCGGUCGUCGAUUUUCCUGGUUCUUGAUUGUAUUGCAUAGCAUUCGGCGUUUGUUUUAAAUCCUUCCUUCCCCGUGGAGUGGAUAUGAUGGGUUGAACUACAGUGGAAAAAAGAAAAACCAAUCCAAAUGUGGCAAUGCAAGAUGUUCGUUGUACCAUGUUGUAUGUAAGUAUCUAUAGAAGCGGCCUCUCGUCUUCGAUGCGUGGUAUGUAUCCAUCGAUGAAAGACGUGCAUGUACAAUCGAGAAAGAAAACAACAUCCUAGAAACUGAAAGCUUCACCACUCCUGGCAUACA